AUGGCUUCUCAUCUAAAAGGUGUCACAAAAUCAACAAUGACAGAUCAAAUACGUAAAGCAUUAUGUGAGUACAAAAGAGAUCAUUCUACAUGCACUCAAAAAGAUUUGAAGUUGUGGCUUGACGAAAAUUUUCAUUUGAAAGUUAGUCAAGCCGGAGAGUUAAUUUUGGAGAAGGCGAGAGAUACAGUGAAACUUUUAUAUCCUCAACAAGAUUUUGAGCACAAUUUUUCUCAAGGUUGGCUUGAGAAAUUCAAGCUAAGACAUGGUAUCAAGUCAUUUCGUCGUUCCAGAGAGAGUGGUUCGGUUGAUAUACAAGACAUGGAGACGAAGUUGGAGUCCAUUAGGGAAAAAAUAGACCAGUUCCCUAUGAAAGAUGUUUUUAUUAUGGAUGAAACUGGUUUGUUUUACAGGUUACAAGCUGAUCAUUCUCUUGCUACGAAACAACUUGAGAAAUUGAAUUUUUUCAAAUCCAUCCUCGUUGCAACAAAUAACAACCAUGAGCCUUUCUUUGUCAUGCUUUUUUCCUUCAAGUUGUUUCGUAGAAAGAGAAUGAUCAGCUUGUAA